AUGGAUAAGAUUAAUAGAAUAGACAUAAGUAUCAAGGUUGCCGCAUUUGUGAAAACCUAUUUCAAGACACCGGGUGUAGCAGCUACUUUACCUCGUGAAGCUGGUAAUAUCAUCAUUAGCAAAUUAAGUAAAGUAUGGGGUAAUCCAAAAACGUGGAAUAAGACUCUUAUUAAUCAAAUUGGGGUAUUAAGAAAGGUAUUACCCCUUUCAGCAUUGAAAAACCUACCUGCAAAUACUUUAAGGGAUACUUUUACAGAUCUUGGAAAGCAAUCGUUGAAAGCCGCGCAAAGGGCAGCCUUAGGUAAACGAGCUAUUGAAGUAUAUGGCAAUCCAAAGAACUGGACAGCGGCCGAUCUUAGCAAUAUUGGUAGUAUAGCUAAAUCGGGGCGCAUCAUGUUAAAUCAUAUUAAGCAAGCUACUUCUGAUACCUGGGGGAAGGUCAAGUCAUGGACAUCUUCUCAUGUUAAACAACUAGGCAGUUUGGUUACUGGUCUAUCAACUUCAGAUUUCGAUCAAUUGAGUAAAAGUACAAUUCAGGAUUCGUUGUCCACACUCAAAACUCAUGUCAAAAGUCUUCGUAAAGUUGCACGACGUAAAAUUAUCAAGAAAUUGGGAAGUGAUUUCCGUACUAUGUUAGCCAACAUUAGCGAUUUUGUGCAAGAUAUUCCAUUCCGAAAUUUAACCGACAUUACGUUUGGCAAUUUGGAUGCUACUGGUGACAGUCAACCAAAUUGGUCCAAGGGCCAAGCUUUAAAAUUGAUCAAUUUGUACCUGGAUGAAUAUGGUGAUAUCAGUAAUACAAGUAGCAGUAACUAUGGCUUUGAAAAUAUUAGGAAAAUGGGCAGUCUAGUGACUGGAAUGACCCACGCUAAUUUGUCCCAACUACCAUUUGAUGGUUGUAUAGAUACUUUAACAGUUUUAACUGCCCGAACAGACUGGAGUAUUGGCCAAAUUAAAGUUUUGUAUCGCAUGUUUAAAGCUUGUAUGGCCAUUACGAGUGCUCAAAAUUUCUCUUCUAUCACUACUGAUGAUCUUACUGCUGCAGGCCAAGUUUUGUCUUUCUUAACGCCUGAAGAAAUUGGCAACAUGACUAAUGCCACAUGUCGGGAAGCUAUUCGUACAAUUGGAAGCUCCGGUAACUUUGAUGGUUCGCAUAUUCUUGCUUAUCAGAGACGAUUAGAUGCUGCUCUUAGAUGUUAUGAAAAAAAUAACAACAAGAAUUUUACGGAUGACGAUAUUUUGAGCUUUGGUAAACUAGUUUGUGGCAUGCAAGUUGCCCAUAUCAAAAGAAUCCCCAACGAUGUCUUGUCCAAUCAUUUAUAUUCUAUAUGCCGACUUCGAUGCUUAUCAUCAACACUAAAGAAGGAGAUUGCUAAUCGUACCAAGAUGGCUGUGGGAUAUCCGGUGAAUAUGGCCAAUCCGAUGCAAGCAUUGCCCUCGGAAACUGUUCGUGAUCUUGGGCCAUGCUUAGAUGGCUUUACAUCAGCAGAAUUAAAUAAAUUAAAUCCGGAAACCAUCCGUUUUUCGGCUGAUAGCUUUAAUGGAGAAAAGUUUUUAGCAGCCACGAAAGCUGUUAUCGUCGCCAAGUAUUUCGAGACUUAUAAUGUAACGAGAAGAAGACGAGCAACAAGCACAGUUACAUCUUAUGAUAUCCUUUCUCUUGGAAGCGAUUUAUCUACAGGAUUAACUGUCAACGACAUUAAUAACAUGGAUAAUGCUACUUUCGCAGAUUCUGUUGAAACUUUGGGUAAUGCAUCCUUGUCUAAAGAUCAAAUUUAUGCCUUGGCAGCGAGAGCCAAACAGUACUGGGGUAGUUUGGAUCAUUUUGGUCCUGACACAAUAUCAGCAUUGGGAAUAAUCAUGACUGGAUUCAACUCAUCCGAUAUUGCUAAAUUAAACUUGACUGACUCGGAUGCUAUAUCCGCUUUAGGAGAACAAUCAUGGGAUUCUUCACAGUUAACCGAAUUAAUUGCCAGAAUUAAGAACAAUUAUGCGGGAUCAGACGUCGCUACCUGGACAGCAGAUCAUUUCCUUGCUGUCAAGAAUAUGAUUGCAGGAUUAUCAACAUCGGAUCUGAGUAAAAUAGAUCAACAAGCCUAUGAAAAUGCCGCUGAUACCAUUGGCGUUGUGCCUGGAAUGUCAUUAGCUCAGUUGCAGCAAUUGUGCUCUAAAGCUAAAGGCUCAUUUGGUAGCACUGUUUCAACAUGGGAAACUGCAUCUGUUCGAACUGCAGGAGUUGCAUUAGGCAUAAAUUUCUACUUUACGUUUUUGUUAGGUGGUUGUGAUUCUGCUGAUCUUUCAUCACUUAGUAAUGAUGCAAUUAACGCCAUGAAAGCAAAUGCCAUUAAAAAUUUUCCUGGCAGUCAGUUAGCAAAAUUCACUAGUGCACAAAUUGGCCAAUUUGAUGAAAGUCAAGCAAGUGCUAUCACGGCUACACAGAAAAGUUCCUUGUCAUCGGCACAAGUGCAAGCCUUAAAUCAAGCCCAGCAAGGCGAUAAUUAUGUUAGUGAUAGUUCAACAAGUGCACCAUCGGCAACCACAGCACCAGCCCUGGCUACAACCAAGACAUCUGCUGCAACUGCCAUCAGAGCUGGUCUAUCUCUCGUAGCAAGCAUAGUUAUCGCUAUCACGAUGCUUUAAAUUUACUCUAUACGUAUUUAAGCAUUGCAAUUGGCUCCCUUCCAAUUAUUGUAGAAGUUCACAUAUAGAUUUAGCUUCAGUAUAGAUAUCUUUCGGAAUUUGUUUUCCUAGAUACUAGAAUACUUUUGAAAUUGAUAGAUUUUAAACUUAUCCUAAAUGACAUGCUAUCUGAAGGGUAGUCAAUGUACAUUAUGCAAUAAAUAAUUCAUUUGUAGUCUAUACUUUAUUGCCCAUCGUGAAUGAACUUGGCUCUUUCUAACUUCCUGUAUUGUUUACUUUUCCAUUAUACGUGUAAAGAACCUGGUUGUUUCUUCUAGUCUUAUUUAUCAUCAUUUGUAAUUUUGAUUAAAUCUUAAUAAAUUC